CAUUCUGGGUGUAAACCGUUGAAUCAAUGUGACACUCAGCACCUCUUUACAACCCUGCGAACACAUUCAGACUCACAGUGUGGGCUUGUUGUCAGCAUGGAGCUGUUUCAAGUGCUCUUAUAUGCCACUUUUGUGAAUUUUGCAUCGGCUGGAAUAGAUGGAGCAAAGUGGACAUACUUAGAAGGAGAACUGGAUCAGAAACACUGGGCAGAAAAGUUUCCAGAAUGCGGCAAGAGUCAACAGUCUCCAAUUGACAUACAGCGGCGAAAAGUUCGUUAUAAUCCGCGAAUGCUGCAGCUCGAGCUGUCUGGUUAUGAUGAGAUGCAGGGUCAGUUUGUCAUGACAAACAACGGACAUUCAGUGGAAAUUCAGCUGCCACACACAAUGAUGAUCACCAAGGGAUUUCCAGUCCGCUACACUGCUGUCCAAAUGCAUCUGCACUGGGGAGGCUGGGACAUGGAAGAAAGUGGAUCAGAGCAUACAUUGGAUGGCAUCCGCUAUAUGGCAGAACUCCAUAUCGUUCACUACAACUCUGAAAAAUACAGCAGCUUCAAAGAAGCCAAAGAUAAACCAGAUGGUCUAGCAGUUUUAGCAUUUUUCUAUGAGGAUGGGCAUUUUGAGAAUACAUACUACAGUGAUUUUAUUGCAAACCUAGCAAAAGUCAAGUAUGCAGACCAGUCCAUGAACAUCUCUAACCUAAAUGUGCGCUCCAUGCUCCCAGAAAACCUCAACCACUUUUUCAGAUAUCAGGGUUCUCUCACUACACCUCCAUGCCAUGAAAGCAUUCUGUGGACUGUGUUUGAUACCCCCAUCACCCUGUCCCACAAUCAGAUCAGGAAAUUAGAGAGCACAUUAAUGGACCAUGAUAACAAAACCCUGUGGAACGACUACCGCAUGGCUCAGCCUCUGAAUGACAGAGUGGUGGAGUCCUCGUUCCUCCCACGUCUUGGCAAAGGAGGACUUUGCCGUCAGGAGGAGAUUGAGACUAAGCUUAAAAAGAUAGAGAAUCUCAUUGCGUCGCUGGACAAAAAAAUGCUUCCGGGGCCACCGUUUCCAGGCACGGACUCGCAAACUCUAUCCCCGCUGGUCCUGUACUUCCCAGAAAAGAAUUUGGAGACUUACGCCCUGGUGAACUUGACCCAGCCCAUGACCCUUCAGUCCUUUACAGUCUGCAUGAACGUCCGCACGCCCCCCUCAAACGUCCUGACUGUGCUGUCCUACUCCACCUCACGCAACGACAAUGAACUCAUGAUCACCUUGGGAUCUGUAGUGGGUCUUUGGAUCGGCAAUGAGUUUGUUAAUUUACCCUUCGAGCGCCAAUCCCAUGACUGGACAAACUAUUGCUUCACCUGGGCCACACAUACCGGAGGGGCUGAGCUGUGGGUGAACGGACUAGUGGGUGAAGAGCGAUAUAUCAAGGCAAGGUAUACCAUUCCACUUGGAGGAACCCUUAUUUUGGGAAAGGACCAGGAUGGCUUUUUAGGUAUCUCAGCUACAGAUUCUUUCGUAGGUUACAUGACGGAUGUAAACGUGUGGGAUCAUGUGCUCACUGCGGAAGAGAUUGAAGAGCAAAUGUCGUGUAGCAAUGGAAAGGUGAAAGGGAAUGUUUUGAGUUGGGGUAUUACACAGCUCAGUCUGUAUGGAGGAGUUCAGCUGUAUGCCGAGCAGGUUUGCCACCGAGAGAGAACGCCACUGCUCAACACAUUCUGAACUGUUUUUAACCGACUGUCAAUAUCAGUGAGACUUGCUUUGCUAACUGGUACUGUAUUCUGUCCCAGGGGAUUUAAAUGCAAUGGAAAGAUAAAAGAUUAUAUUUUAUUUGCUCUGUAUUUUCAACGUAUUUCAUUUCAAUGUAUUCUUACCCAAAUGAAUAACCAUAUCUAAAACAUUAAAAUAAACAAUAUUUAGAUUGUUAAUUGUGUUUGAUGUUUUAUACCACAUACAUACAAAAUGUAAUCAAAUAUUAUCAAAUAUAUUACAUCAAAUAAUACACACACACAGCUGCAGACAAUAGACUUUAAAAGAAUAAAAAAUCUAAGUUAUUUUCAGCUUUU